AUGGCGUUGAACCCGCAAUACGAUGCAAUUGGAAAGGGAUUUGUACAACAAUAUUACACACUGUUCGACGAUCCAGCACAGCGACCAAACCUAGUGAAUAUGUAUAACGUUGAAACAUCGUUUAUGACCUUUGAGGGGGUUCAAUUGCAAGGUGCAGUGAAAAUAAUGGAAAAGUUAAAUAGUUUAGCGUUUCAAAAAAUUGGAAGGAUUAUAACCGCUGUUGACUCUCAGCCCAUGUUUGAUGGUGGUGUACUAAUAAAUGUUCUUGGACAACUCCAGUGCGACGACGACCCCCCACACCCGUACAUGCAGACAUUCGUUUUGAAGCCACUUGGAGACUCCUUCUUUGUACAACACGACCUGUUUCGCCUAGGCAUUCACGACAUUGCCGCCUAA